CCCCCCCCCCCCCCCCCCCCCCCCCCCCCCCCCCACCCCCCCCCCCCCCCCCCCCCCCCACCCCCCCACCCCCCCCCCCCCCCCCCCCCCCCCCCCCCCCCCGCCCCAACCCCCCAUAACCCCCGUUCGCGCCGUCCCUGGGUGUCGCUACUAUUUGGAAUGAUUAUUAUCAAAAUUUUUGCGAAAACGAUUACUAAAUUAAAUAAACUAGUUAAUUAGUGUUUAGAGAAAUGGGAUAUGAUCUUCUUAAAAAAAACAUAUCAUCAAAUUAUUUUCUCAAGAAAUAUUAUGAAAUUUUGGAAAAAAUAUUAUUCAAAAAUAAGAAACUGAUUGUAUCAAUAAUUUUUUAGAGAAAAAGGUUAGUAGACAAAGUAUUUACAAUGGAUUUUGUAAAAAAUAUUCUGUAAGUGCUUGUCUAACAUCAACACGAGAUGUAGUUUUCACGAUUGAUGGUGAUGUACUCAGAUGUGUUUCAGGAGCAACUAAACACGUUGUUGAAUCUUUUGCAUUAGUUGCUGAAGAUAUAAAAAUAUCUUUGGGUGUUCUAAUAGUUGAUGAACGUGUGAACACAUUAAUAACUACUCUCUAA